AUGAUGACCAAGUAUUUAAACCCGCUCGUCUCCUAUCCGUCGAUGUGCCCACGCCUCUGCCCUUCACCUCACACCAUCUCGUUGCGCGCCGUCCGUCGUCGCCAUGGCUCGAUCGCUCUCCGCAAUUGCGCUCGUCGCUGGCCUGCUCGUCCUGCUCGGUACGCCCCACUCCCUGCUCGGUACGCCCCACUCCCUGCUCGGUACGCCCCACUCCCUGCUCGGUACGCCCCACUCCCUGCUCGGUACGCCCCACUCCCUGCUCGGUACGCCCCACUUCUUCGCUCCGGAAUUUCCUUUCGCCCGCUCCAAUUCGCUUGUUCCAUCACUUUCGUGCCGUGCCUUGCUCCUUCUUCCCCUCCCCUCCCCAUGCACAUGUCAUCCCUCGCGCCCUGCUCUCGCAUCGUGGCCUCCCCCCCGCCGCGCCCUGCACUGGGUCCAAUCAUCUGCUCCUCAGCCGCAACUCACGCAGAGGCGCGUGAGGUCGUGGUGGGCGGCAACAAGGGGUGGACGUACGGUGUGAGCAGAUGGAAGCCCACUCCCGCUGCCCGUGCAGGCGAUGUGCUCGUUUUCAAGUGGACGGGUUACCACGACGUGUGGCUGAUGAGCGGCGCUGCUGCGUACAACAGUUGCAACUUCAACGGUGCCAAGGAGAAGGCUAAGGUGGCCAGUGGCAAGACGUACAGGUUCACAGUGCCGACGACAGCAAGGGGCAGCACGCUGUAUUUUGGCUGCCAAGUGUACGGCCACUGUGGAAUGAACAUGAAAGUGGCCGUUGCCGUCCAGAAGUGA